UUAGCCGACCGGUUAGUUUCGAUUCACGCGUGGACACCACCGAUUGGCAGUCGUUUGCAAACAUUCCGGCCGGCAUCUUCAUACGAAUCGCGCGAUGGAAGCACGCAGUGCACCGCACAUUCUGCCAUUUGCUUUAUGGCAACAGGUUGCUAACGAUGAGGAGAAUGAGAUUGAAGACGAUAGUCAGUCUGAGCUGAUCGUGGCAAAAAUUGAUGCCUGUCUCGAGCAGAACGGAGUCAACCAUCGAACGGAAAAGUUUGAAGUUAUCGGUACAUCCGCAAACAAAACAGGACCUUCCCGGUUGGUCGUCCGCAGAGGUCAGGAGUUCCUUGUGAAAUUCAUCUGCAACCGACCGAUCAAUUCGAAAACGGAUACCAUUUCGCUGGUGCUUGCCGUUGAUCCGAUUGCGGGCGAAUGGAUCAGCCAUGGACAUGGGACGGUUGUGUAUUUGUUGCUGCAAACCGAUGAUAGCCUCGUAGACGAGCAAGAUUCCGAUUGGAGUGCCAAACUGCAAUCGACCACCGUAAACGAGGACGGUGCUACCGAGCUGCUCGUUGCAAUAAACACCGCUCCAAAUGCGUCUGUUUCCAAAUGGACGCUGACGAUCAACGCCCUGUCGAAGGGUUCGGAGCAGAGUAACAGCUAUCAACUAGACCAACCGUUCUAUCUGCUCUUCAAUCCCUGGUGCGAGGAGGAUCCCGUUUAUCUAGAAAAUGAGGAUCAACGGAACGAGUAUGUGCUGGAGGACAUGACCAUGAUAUGGAAGGGGAACGAAAAUAGUUUUUACCCUCGCAAAUGGAAGCUUGGCCAGUACGAAACGAAUAUCCUCGAUGUGACCUUCUGGCUACUGGGCGAAGUGGCUCGUGUUUCUGCUACGUACCGCGGAAAUCCUGUUAAGGUAUGUCGCGCACUGUCAGGCGUUGUUAACAGCCAAGAUGACUAUGGUAUACUGCUCGGUAAAUGGACCGAACCCUACAGCAAAGGAACAGCACCCACGGCGUGGACCGGAUCGGUAAAAAUCCUAAACGAGUACUACGAAACGGAGAGCCCUGUUCGAUAUGGGCAGUGCUGGGUGUUUGCCGGUGUACUGGCAACGUUAUGCCGGGCCCUGGGAAUACCGUGCCGUAUCGUGACCAACUUUUCGUCCGCACACGAUUCCGAAGCAUCCCUUACGGUGGAUGCGUACUUCAACGAGGAGGGCAACAUCAUGGAGAGCUUUUCGCGCGACCAAGUCUGGAACUUUCACGUAUGGAACGAGGUGUGGAUGAAGCGUCCGGAUCUCGACAAAGAAGAGUACCACGGGUGGCAGGUGGUCGACGGUACGCCGCAAGAGUCUUCCGACGGUGCCUACAAACUUGGGCCCGCACCGGUGCUGGCCGUCAAGAACGGUCUGGUGAACGUGCUGUACGAUUGUGAUUUCGUGUUUGCUGAGGUGAAUGCCGAUAAAGUUUACUGGCUCUACCGUGGGCCCAGCAUGCCGUUGAAGUUGAUUCGGAAGGAUACGACCGCGAUCGGGCAGUUCAUCAGCACGAAGGCGGUCGGCGUGGAGGAGCGGGAAGACAUCACCGACAGCUACAAGUGUAGCGAACAAUCGGCCGAAGCAAAGAUUACGAUGAUGCGUGCCCUCAAGCUUGGUCAAUGCUGCCUCACCAAACACUAUCUGAAGCAGAUCAAAGCGGAAGAGCGUACGGCGGAGGAUUGUGGCGUUCAGUUUCAGGUUGAGCUGAACGAUCAAGCUCUGAUCGGAGAAUCGUUCAACAUUGUGCUGCGCGUAAGCAAUGCCUCGUUGGAGGACGCGCACACGGUCAACGGUAGAAUCCAUCUCAACCACAUACUGUACACCGGUAAGAAUGUGAAAACCAUCCGAAGCCACCCAUUUUCCAUCCGCAUCGGACCGAAUGAGGAGGAAACGGUCGAGGUACCGAUUACGUUUGACGAUUACUACGAGCCGGGAAUGGAUGAAGCCAUCUUUAAAGUAACUACAUUUGCUAUCAUCGGAGGCGUAGACCGUGAGUACUUCUCGCAGCAGGAUUACAGUCUACGCAAGCCGGACGUACAGCUACAGCUCAGCAAUACGCCGGUCUACCAAUCGACGGUCCGUGUGACGGCCUCUUUCUACAAUCCACUUCCAAUCGCCAUCAACAGCGGAUCGUUUCAAAUUGAGUGUUCUGGUGUUUGCAAAAGCAUAACGAUCGCAGUUGAUCGGGUUGCUGCCAGGGAGAAGUGUGAGGUUGUCUUCAUGAUUGUGCCAUCGUUUAAGGGAAGCACCCAACUGUCGGCCAAAUUCGAUUCAAACGAGCUAAGCGAUAUUGAGGGAUCGCUCACGUUUGAGGUAGAGGAACGGGAGGUCAAUGUUGAGUUAUAUGACGGUUUGGUAUUUUCUUAAAAGGGAGAGUAAAUCCCAACUGCAAGUCUUUAGCCGUAUGAAAGAGUCUAAUUAUCAAUAAAAUCAAAAUAAAACAUUUUA